UUUCAGUAAACUACUUAUUAUAUAAUUUUUUCAGUACUUUUAAUUGUACUGAAGUAUAGUAUUCCUUAAUUAGCAAUACUUUUACUUAAGUACAAGUUUUCAUUACUCUUUUCACCAGUGGCAUGAACGUUCAAUAGGGAACUUCUCCAGUUACUGUCAUAACCUUUGUACCCUGAUAGUGGGAACGAGAAAUAGAAAAAAAAGGUUUCUGUGUUCGCUGCUUGAUCAGUACUGCAGCGUUUUAGUCUUCGAUUCUGAGGCAAUUGUCACUCUCGCAGCAUUUUAUACAGUCCAUGAACUUAUCAGUAUUUGCAUGCAAUUUGCAUAGGUUAGUGACAAUUGCACAGUUUAUUGAACUGGCAUUAUCCUACAAGGUUUCAGGAUUUCGGAAAAGGGGAGGAGUUCCCAUCAUGACAUUCGUAAAGUCUCGUUCCCACUCUCAGGGAACCGAGGUUACAACCGUUACCAGAGAUGUUUUCCCCUCUGGGAUGAUGGCAACGUCACAGAAACAGCAUUGAACCACAAAAUAAAAGCUAAGGGCAAGUAAACAGAUCUUCACUGAACAUCUAGCAAACUGACUGUCAUCUGUCUUGGUAAAAACAGCGUGUUGUUGAGUAAGUGUUGGUUUAUUAAACAAGAAAAAUGCAUGUAUUUAUUAAUUUUUUUAUUUUUUUUUAUUUCUUUUGCUACUUUUUUGUAUUUUUGAUAUGUCGUGAUAAAACAGUUCAGGAUUAUGGUGUGUUGCACUAUGGAAAUAUUCAGAUGACGAUUUGCAUUUAUGAAUCAUAUAUACAGAUUAUACAGACAGAAUCAUGCAACUGAAGGUGAAAUGACAUUAAACUAUUUAUAAUAUCAAGUGCUCAUGAAUAUCUGAAAAUGCCAUAUGUAUUUUCAUCAUAGUGGACUGCAGUAGUACCUAAUGACAAUGUCUGUUUGUUACUCUAUACAAAUGACUUUGCAGGGCAGCCAAUGGACAACCUGACUUUCACAAACAGCAUUCUCCUCGUGGAGGGACUAACAGUUACACCUCAAUCUUCCUAUCCUGUUUUCAUCCUGCUUCUGUUGGUUUAUGUCUUUAUUUUGGUUUCCAACAUUGGACUCAUAAUUGUGAUCUCAACAGAGAAGAAUCUACAUCAUCCAAUGCACUUUCUGUUCUGUAACUUGCCACUGAAUGAUAUAAUGGGGACCACUGUCAUUUUGCCACGCUUAAUGCAUGACAUUUUCAGAGAAACUUCAGAGCGAUAUAUAUCAUAUGCAGAGUGUGUUGUUCAAGCUUAUUUUGUACAUGUUUUUGCAGUAGCAUGCCAUUAUGUGCUGAUGAUCAUGGCCUUUGACAGAUAUGUGGCUAUAUGUAAUCCACUGCGAUACACAGCUAUAAUGACCAAUAAAAUGGUGGUAAAACUAUCAGCAUCAGCCUGGGGGCUGUCAGUAUUCAUGGUUUCAAUUCUGUUAGGUCUCACUAUACGCCUCUCUCGUUGCAGAUCCAAAAUUGAAAACCCUUUCUGUGACAAUGCCUCACUGUUUAAACUGUCCUGUGAAAAUGUUGUUUGUUUGAAUAAUAUCUUUGGAAUAGUUUAUACUGUGAUUGUUUUUACCUUUUCACUUGGGUCUGUAUUUAUAACAUAUGGCAAGAUUGCUACUGUAUGCAUAACCAGCAAGAACAAAUCACUGAACAGUAAAGCCAUAAAAACCUGUGGCACUCACAUAGCUGUUUAUAUAAUCAUGUUUGUUUCUUGUGCUAGUUUUAUUUUUCUUCAUCGUUUUCCUGAAUACUCUGAAAGAAGGAAACUAGCUAGUAUUAUGUUCCAUAUUGUACCGCCAGGACUAAAUCCUUUAGUAUAUGGUUUACAAACCAAAGAAAUAAGACAGAAAUUUUUACAAAUUUGGUGUAGAAAAAAGGUGAAUCCUUAA